UUAAUUUCUUCUCACCGCAACACCAACGCGACUUCAUCAUUAAGGACUUGGGCCCCGCCCUCGCGGCCAGCUCCCACUCAGAUGUUCACCUGAUCAUCCUGGAUGACCAGAGGAAUAAGUUGCCAAACUGGGCCAACCAGGUGAUUGGCAAUAGUACCGCGGCGGCUUACGUAUCCGGCAUUGGCAUCCAUUGGUACUCCGAUUUGAUCACCCCAGCUGGACUUACUCUAGAUGUCACCCAUCACCUGUACCCCAAUUUCUUCCUGCUCUACACAGAAGCUUGCAAUGGUGUUAUGCACUGGGAAGUGAAGGUUGCUCUGGGAAGCUGGGAAAGAGGCACCUAUUACAGCAGAAGUAUCCUGUCG